AUGGGUCUUAUCACAGGACUGUGCUCUUUCUUGUACCACCUACCUCAGAUUUACAAAUGGCUUCUGAAACCGUAUUAUAUCAUGUCGUUUUUCAUGACAGUCGCUUUUAUGGUUGUCCGAAAGGCUCCCGGUCUGUGUGACCACCUGGCGACCCAGCGCGAGGACGGCAACUCCUGCGACUUUGACUGGAGAGAAUUGGAGAUUCUCAUGUUUCUCACUGCAAUAGUGAUGAUGAAGAACAGAAGAGCGAUCACACUGGAGCAGCACAUAGGCAACUUGUUCCUAUUCAGCAAAGUGGCCAACGUCAUCCUUUUCUUCAGGCUGGACAUCCGGCUUGGCAUCCUCUACUUCGCUUUGUGUGUCGCCUUCGUCAUGACCUGUAAGCCGCCUCUCUACAUGGGCCCUGAGUACAUCAAGUACUUCAGUGACAAGACCAUAGAUGAGGAGCUGCAGAGAGACAGUCGUGUCACCUGGAUUGUUGAAUUUUUUGCCAACUGGUCUUCUGACUGCCAGUCCUUUGCUCCAGUCUUCGCUGAACUUUCUCUCAAGUAUAAUUGUGCUGGACUCAGGUUUGGGAAGGUGGACAUCGGACGCUAUGGAGAGGUUUCAGAAAAGUACAGGGUCAGUACUUCUCCUCUGGCCAAGCAGCUUCCCUCACUGAUUCUUUUCCAAGGAGGGCGGGAAAUGAUUAGACGUCCAAUGGUGGACAACAAAGGGAGAGCUGUAUCCUGGAUCUUUAGUGAGGAGAACAUUAUCCGAGAGUUUAACCUCAAUGAACUCUUCCAAAAGUCCAAGAAGCUGAACAAAAGUCAUGGUCUGAAGGAAGAGGAUCAGAACGGAAUUCCGCCAGAGGAAGGCAGUGAUGAGCUCCAAACUGAAUCUGACAACCCACAACAGCCCACAGAGAGCAAGAAAGACCAGUGAGAUGUGAGGACAAGUCAGAGGGGCUAAAUGGGGUCUCCUUUGCAUCAGGUGGUUUCUUACAUCAUUGCAGAAGUUCAAAUACGGAUUUAGAGAUGAAAGAAGGUUAAUCUACUUCAACAUGUUCUCUCCGGCUUAGUCUUUAUUGUGUUAAAUAAAUACCCAUAACAGCUGGGCCACCUUUGCCUGCUCUGACUGGCUAUGGUGCUGUUUCUUGAAUGCAGCCAUACCAAUGAUUUUUUUAAUACAAACCUUAAGUUAUUUAAAACCAAAUGCCUUUUUGUAAUGAUUGUAUUUUCAGCAAUAUCUCUUCACUUGACGUAAACUAUUGAUGACGGUAUUGUUUGUUACUGAUGCCUCGUAUCGUAAAGGUGAAUCUGAAAUAAAACAAAGAAGUGCACAGCGAA